GAGCCCCGAAGGGCCAAACGCGUAACUCCGCCCCCGACGCGGCUCAGCCGGGGAGAGCGUGGAGCCGGAACAGAGGCUCGCGGAUGGACUUGGCAGUCGGUCGCCGAGCAGCAUGCAGGCGUCGCGGAGCAGCAUCCAACCCGAGCCGGGAUGGUACGUCUCUGUCCAGCCGCCCGACGAGGCUUCGGCUGCGGAAGAGUGGAGCCCGUUGCUAAGCAACGAACCUCACCGACAGGGAUCCCCAGGUGCUUCGUUUGGCUUCUCAGUCUUCAAUGUGAUGAACGCCAUCAUGGGAAGUGGCAUCCUUGGCUUGGCUUAUGUGAUGGCUAACACCGGUAUCCUUGGAUUUAGUUUCUUGCUGCUGGUGGUCGCUUUCCUGGCUUCUUACUCGGUCCAUCUCCUGCUUACUAUGUGCAUCCAGACAGCAGUGACGUCUUAUGAAGAUCUUGGACUCUUUGCAUUUGGAUUACCCGGAAAGGUGGUGGUGGCAGGCAGCAUAAUAAUUCAGAAUAUUGGAGCUAUGUCAUCGUAUCUUUUAAUUAUUAAAACCGAGCUUCCUGCUGCUAUUUCAGAAUUUCUGCCUGGUGACCACAGUGGGUGUUGGUAUCUUGAUGGGCCAACGCUACUAAUCAUCAUCUGUGUUGGCAUCGUAUUCCCUCUCUCGCUGCUUCCCAAAAUAGGCUUUCUUGGCUACACAAGCAGUCUAUCAUUUUUCUUUAUGGUGUUCUUUGCUCUUGUGGUAGUGAUUAAAAAAUGGUCCAUCCCCUGUCCUGUGACCUUAAAUUGCAUCAAUGCAGUCUUUCAGUUUUCAAACGCUACAGAUGACUGUAAACCAAAGCUCUUUCAUUUCUCCAAAGAGAUUUACCAAAUGUCUGGUCUGGCCAGUAAGGUCCUCUGUGGAUACGGUUUUCCUGUUGCGCUCUGGACUUGUAAAGCUAAAUCGCCAAUUACAUCAAAAACUCCUCCCCCGAGCGUUUAUGCCAUACCAACCAUGGCUUUUUCAUUUCUCUGCCAUACCUCAAUAUUGCCCAUAUACUGUGAGCUUCACAGCCCCUCAAAGAAAAGGAUGCAGAAUGUAACCAACACAGCAAUUGCAUUCAGCUUUCUGGUUUACUUUGUGUCUGCUCUCUUUGGAUACCUCACUUUUUAUGACAAAGUGGAGUCAGAGUUGCUACAAGGCUAUAGUAAAUACUUACCACACGAUGUUCUCGUCAUGGCUGUGAAGCUAUGCAUACUAUUUGCUGUGCUUUUGACAGUCCCUCUAAUCCACUUCCCUGCCAGAAAAGCUUUAAUGAUGAUACUUUUCUCAAAUUUUCCAUUUUCAUGGAUUCGGCAUUCUCUGACCACAUUAGCACUCAACACUAUUAUUGUUUUACUUGCAAUAUACGUUCCUGAUAUUAGAAAUGUAUUUGGCGUUGUUGGCGCCAGCACAUCAACCUGCCUGAUUUUUGUGUUCCCAGGGCUAUUCUAUCUUAGACUCAGCAGAGAGGAUCUUCUCUCAUGGAAAAAGCUUGGGGCUCUGUCCCUGCUCGUCACCGGCAUCUUGAUUGGGAGCUUCAGUUUAUCACUCAUUGUUUUUGACUGGGUCAACAAAUGAAAUAAUUUUAUUUUUCUAUUAUAAAGACUAACUUACCUCUGUAAACAAGAAGGGAUCAUUCUGGAAGGUGCUGCAUAUGAAAUUCACACUCUUAGGAAAACUCUUAACAGAAAAGCAGGACAGACCAUCAGUAUGCGAUAAAACGUAGUCAUUUUAAAUUUAACCAAAAUUAGAAGGACUCAACAUGUUGUUCCUGAAUAGAGUCACUCUUUUAUUUGGGAGUUUUGUUUUUUGUAUUUUGUUUUUGAGACAGAAUCUGGCUGUGUAGACCAGGCUGGCCUUGAACUCACAGCGAUCUGUCUGCUGCUACUUCACAGCUGCUGGGCGUAGAGCCAUGUGCCAGCAUCCUGGCAUGCCUGGCAUUUGUGACUUAAAAAAAAAAGUAGCCUUUAUUUUUUAGAGCAGUCUAAUGUUUCAGAUAUACUGAGCAAAUGAAAUAAGGGAUUCUGUGUGGUGCCAUACUCCAUCCCCUGUAGCUUUCUGCCGUGCAUCUCGUGUCAGCACAGCACAUUCCAUGCAGGGAGGCUAAAGUCCAUGGUCGACAUUAGGCUUGCUCCUGGUUGCCACUCAUCUUUUUACCGGAAUGCCGUGGUUGAAUCACGAAGGACUGUGUGUCACUCUCUGGCCGACUUCACUGGUUUCAUAGCUCGUUUCCUUUUAGUACCAAGUAAUAUCCCUAUUAUAUUGACGCUUCAAGUUUGCUGAUCCGCUUCACCUCUUGGACCUUUCUACUGCUUCCAAGUUUCGCCAUCCAUCAAUAAAGGUGCUAAAAAUGUU